AUGGAUUCGUUUAGAAAGCUUUGGCUGUUGAUAUUUCUCGGUGCCGGCGUACUUAUGCUCCAAUAUCAUGUUUCGACAACGUGGAACACGACAAACAUUUCCGUACCAUCAUCGUAUUCUUCUGCUUCCACGAGCGGAAGUGAAGAAAUCGUUCAAGCCGUCGUAUCGAAACUUCAAUUGGAUACUUCGAUAGUCAACGUAGUCGGUAAAAAAUACAUACAAGAAUUGGCGUUGCAAAUAAGUAGAGAAUUGAUAUCGUCGUCAAAAGGCUGUGAUUAUUCAAUAUCGAAUACAAUCGAAUGGCCGGAACCGACAUUAUAUUUGAUAACUCCGACCUACAGGAGACCGGAACAACUCGCAGAAUUGACGAGAAUGGCUCAAACUUUGAUGCACGUGAGAAAUCUCGUUUGGUUGGUCAUAGAGGAUGCAAAUUCGACGACGGAAUUAGUGACAAAACUUUUGGAUAAAACGGGAAUCGAAUAUCAUCACAUGAUAGCUCCCAUGCCUGAACAGUUCAGAAAGAAAAAAAUAAAACCCCGCGGGGUUUCAAAUAGAAACAGAGGAUUGGAAUGGAUAAGAGCAAACGCGACAAAAGGCGUUCUAUAUUUUGCCGACGAUGAUAACACAUACGAUAUAUCACUUUUUCAAGAGAUACGAACGACUAAAAAGGUUUCCAUGUUUCCCGUUGGCCUUUGUACGAAAUUCGGCGUGAGUAGUCCGGUUGUUAAAAAUGGAACUUUUGCCGGUUUUUACGACGGUUGGUUGGGAGGACGAAAAUUUCCCGUCGACAUGGCGGGUUUUGCAAUCAAUUUAGAUUUUUUACUCAAGAGACCAAAAGCUUCGAUGCCUUACAAACCUGGAUUCGAAGAAGAUGGAUUCCUAAGAAGUUUAUCGCCUUUCGAACCUAAAGAAGUCGAAUUAAAAGCCGAUAAUUGCACAAAGAUUUUAGUCUGGCACACGCAGGCUAGAAAAAACGAGCCUUCAGCAGCCGUCGAUUUUAACAAAUAUGGAAACACAAACAUAAUUAAAUUGAAAAAAAUCCUCGUUUAG